AUUAUAGCUGUUGGAUGGUUAGGACACCCUGUUUUUAGAGAUAAAGAAGGACGUGAACUUUUUGUACGCCGUAUGCCUACUUUUUUUGAAACCUUUCUGGUCGUUUUGAUCGACGGGGACGGAAUUGUUCGAGCUGAUGUUCCUUUUAGAAGAGCGGAAUCUAAGUAUAGCGUUGAACAAGUAGGUGUAACUGUUGAGUUUUAUGGUGGCGAACUCAACGGAGUCAGUUAUAGUGAUCCUGCUACUGUGAAAAAAUAUGCUAGACGUGCUCAAUUAGGUGAAAUUUUCGAAUUAGACCGUGCUACUUUGAAAUCAGAUGGUGUUUUUCGUAGUAGUCCGAGGGGUUGGUUUACCUUUGGACAUGCUUCCUUUGCCCUACUAUUCUUCUUCGGACACAUCUGGCAUGGGUCGCGAACUUUGUUCCGAGAUGUUUUUGCCGGUAUUGACCCCGAUUUGGAUGUUCAAGUAGAAUUUGGCGCAUUCCAAAAAAUUGGAGAUCCAACUACAAGAAGACAAGGAGUUUAAUACAACAUUGCUUUGUUAUUUUUUGUGAUUUGGCAUAGGAUACUGGAGCAAUCUUAAUUUUAAUUACCGCCCCUUAUUUACUCUUUCCCUUUUAUCAUUAUCGGGAAAAUAAUUUCAAGUAAACAGGUAUGGAAGCUAUAAUUGUAAACCACAAUCAAAUAUAUGGAAGCAUUGGUUUAUACAUUUCUAUUAGUCUCUACUCUAGGGAUAAUUUUUUUCGCUAUCUUUUUUCGGGAACCGCC